AUGUUGCUGCCUGAAGGCAUUCCCAUGGACAGCGCCGUCGCGCGACAGCGCUUUCGACGCAUGCAGCAGACGGCCGCCGAGGCCCGGGUCAAUCAUGUCAAGUUGGACGAUCUGGCCAAGAUAGAGGAGCCAACCAUCCUCACGCCCAAGCGCGUCUCCUUUUGCGUCCUCAUUUCCACCGUCUUCUGCCUCAUCUACCUGUGGUUCCGGCGUGGCAUCUUUGCCGUGUGGGAUAGCCUGGCUUUUACUCCCGCCAGCCUCGUGGAGGGGGCCCUACCUACCCCAGGUCAUAGUCUAAGCGACGAAGAUCAAUUUCAUUUUGCCUUUAUCGCCGCUAGUACCCAUACCACCGCCGUCCUUGUUGGCAUGUCCCUCUUUGGGGCCACCUCCAUCUUCUUCUCCAAUGACCGCAUUCGUCAACAUCUGACUCAGCGCCACCUACGCGUCGCCCAAGUCUCCAUCAUCGGCCUGCUGGCCUAUGGCUUUUACAAUGGCCUCUCGACUUGGUUUACGACAACCUUUGAGGAUCGUGACAGCUCCGCCUACCGCUGGGCGCGCGCCUUCUUCUAUGAAUCGGGCGACAUUCCGUUUGCCAGUUGUGCCUCCCUUUCCUACUGCCUGUGCUUGUUGGCCGGUUACCUCAUCAAGCUCAGCACGGAUGGCUCUCGGUUUUCCGCUUUUCCUCGAUGCUACCGUCGCUAUGUGUGGCGUGGCAUCGCCUACUUUUUGGUUUCUGUCGUCAGCUUCCGAUUCAUUGCCAUUCCAUUCUUCAAGCAUGUCACGCAGCCCAUUUUGCUGGCUGGCAAGCGCUUGGACCCAACCGAAGCCUUCAACCCAAACUUUGUCACGCUCGCGUCUGGUACUCACACCCUAGGCGUACUCGUCUAUAGCGUUGUUACUGGGGCCCAGGCCGGAGCUGAAUACGUUCGGGUUCACUGGAAAGACGUGCCCGCCUCUCUCGUCUCAUUAUCCCACUUGGUUUGGUUUGCUUUCGGUUGGUUGGUCUGGCUUGACCUGUUCCCCACCGUGGUCCGCAACUUUCUCCGCCUUUUGGUGUUGCCCCUCAAGCUCUCGCUCAACUCCAACAACGCUCUUCGCAACAUUUGGCGCCUUCUUGUGGUGGCCACCCUCUACAAUCUUGAGAAGAUCACUGUCACCGCCCUCAUUCUCAGCUACAUUCUUGCCCCCGUAUAUCCGAAUCUCAUUGCUGCUACCUGGACCGCAAUCCUCAUCCGAUACAUGCCAACCUACCGCAAUCACCCCAUGUUGACGGGGUGUCGGCGUUUGGAGGACUUUCGCCGUCAUUGGAUCAUGGACGAGUUGGUGGCCUAUUUCAAUUUUGAUCUUUUUGCUCGUCAAAAAACACUCAACCCAGAGCACCGCUACAUCUUUGGAUUUCAUCCCCAUGGUGUAUUGCCCAUCAGUAUCGGCUUUGUGCAAAACAAUGCCAAGUGGCGCCAACAAUUUCCUGGUGUCGAGCCCGCACCAGUGACCUCAUCCAUUCUCCACCACGUUCCCCUAAUGCGAGACUUCUUGCAAGUUGUGGGCGGCGGCGACGUAUCAAAGCGGGGCAUCGCCGUCACGCUACAGCGUGAAAAAUCCGUCAUCUUGGUCCCGGGUGGCCAGCAAGAGAUGAUCUAUACCAGCUCUACGCGCGAGGUCGUAACCAUUUGCAGCAAGCACAAGGGCUUUGUGCGUCUAGCUUAUCAAUUGGCGGCCGCAUCGGAGGAACCACUGCACCUUGUGCCCAUGUUCAAUUUUGGAGAGAACAAGAUUCUUGAUAACGUGCCCGCACCCAUUAGUUGGCAGCAGGCCUCGGUCCGCUGGCUUCGUGCCAACGUAUUUUUUGGUCCUUGGGGCCGUUUCGGCCUCCCAGGGGUGCCACGUAACGCAGAGAUGCACCUGGCUGUCGGCGAGGCACUGCGGGUACCGCGGGUGGCCCAACCUACCAAGGAGGAUGUUGAUAUGUUGCACGGCCGCUACAUGCAACUGCUCAAGGAGGCGUUUGAUGAAUUUAAGGGCAAGACGUCAGCCUAUCGCCAGGCCGUCAUGGACUUUGACCAGCCCGUGAAUCUCGUUGCUCGUGAAAGCUGGCGUGGAUACUCGACUGGUCUGCAGGAGCGCCAUGAAACCCAGCACCUGCGAGUACUCAUGGGCAAGCGCGCAGAUCAGCUUGAGAUGAUAUGGACCAGCAUUUUUUGGGUGCUUGUCUUCUCCGUCAUCUACUGGCGUGCAUUUUUCCUCAGUGAUAGUUCACUUUUAAGUCUCCUCUGA